ACGUUCACGCAAACGCACCAACGAGCUGAGAGGAGAGAGAAAAAACAACCUGGAGGAGAGACUUACUCUUUAUCUCUCCAUCAUAAAUCAACUCAAACCGAUGAAAACGUGAGUGGAUGAAUAAUAACAGGGUUAACAUUCAGUGUGGAGGGCAGAGGCUGCACAAAGGGGAUCAUUGUUGCCUGCAGAUGCCCGUCAGUGGUGCAGUCGUCCUUUGAAGAACCUCCAAUCGCAGCGCAUAGCGCGACCGAGGGAGGGCGGGGCUUGGUCUCCCCCCCAUCUCUGCUCCAAGCCCCGCUUUGGCACCGUGUCCCAUUGACUAGACGGCGACACACCGAGCAGCGUUUUCCACCUCGUCUCCGAACCAAACACCACCAGCAAAGUGGACCAGGAUGAGAGGGAGCGCUCAGGUGCGCCGGGUUUGAGGAGCGGAGUGAUGCGCACCUCCAGGAGGUCACGGUCUGUACAGGUAUGAGACCUGUGGCGCUCGUGGAUGAAGGACCAGCAGAUGUUUAGAGGAUCCUUGUGUGGAUGCGGCUCCUUCUCGCGCUCGUACAGCACCAGCAGGCCUGGCCCAGUUCAGCUCCACAUGGAUGGAUCCCGCUGUAGGAGCUGAACUCAUGGAAUACAAACCUCAUGUUGGUGAGCAUGUCUGCCUGUCCGAGUCCGCCACCACCACCACCACCUCCACCAGCAGCAGCAGCAGCAGCCCCCGGGAGCCUCUCCUCCUGACACAGCCCCCCUCCUCGGACAUCCCCUGGUCGCUUCGAGCCCCCUCGCUAUGAGGACGUCUGCUCGGUGAUUCGGUGCCUCUGCGCGCUCGCUGCACGGAGUGGAGACCGCUUAUUUUUGGAUCGGGCUUUUGUUGGGUACACACGCAGGAUUUAUCUGCGCCGUGGGCUUUCUUUGUGUCAGAGGGCUUAACGCAGAGCUCGCGGACGGCAACAGAGCGGGGGCUUUGCUUCACCCGCUGUUGCGCCCAGCUGCUCUCUUUGUGGCCGGGCCGUGAUGGCAGGCGGCCGGCCGGAGGCGCAGGACCACCCGCCCGAGAACGGCUUCACCCCGCUGGAGCACCCGGUGCCCCGGCUGCUACCGCACAUCGACGGCUCGGUUCUGCCGUCUCUGGGGGGCUUCGGGAGACAUCAGAAGCAGCUCGUGGUUCUGACCUGGAUACCGGCAUUGUUCAUCGGCUUCAGCCAGUUUUCGGAUUAUUUCCUCCUGGCGCAGCCAAAUGGCACGUGCGUGCAACCUCUGGCGAAUCACAGCAACUGGACCGUCACGUCCCUGCCGGUCACCGUCACCGCGCUGCAGCAGCCCGCCGACAACAGCACCGGCGGGGAGGGAUACGGCGACGGCAGCGGUCUGCUGUGCGCCUGUAAGGAGUGGAGGCUCGAGCUGCUGACGGGACUUAGUCAGAAUGUGGUUACCAAGGUAACGAGUGAGCUCCAGAAAGAGCCACAGUGUUAUAUCUCUCUGUUUAUUCAUCAUCACCAUCAUCACCAUCGUCCUCCUCACCAGCCCGCAUCUUCUUCAUCAUCAUCAUCAUCACUGCCAGAGCCUCAUACUCCAACACAGCUGAUUGACAAGUUACCCACUGACCUCGAUAUGCGUGUGUGUGUGUUUGUGUAGCAGCAGAUGACUAAACCUCUGCAGCUGUAGGAUGUGCAGUCUGUGUGCAUAUGUCUGUGUGUAAUUCAGCUUUUUAUGCGUCUCCAUGUCAGAGAAUCACACACUGACUCAAACUGAGUAAACUCUCAUGGUUACACACCGACACACAAAGAGAAAUAAGAAUUCGAUAUCGACAAAGACAAUAUUUUCAGAGCAGAUCGAUCAUUUUCCGACUAUACGUGGCCGUGGAAAGGGGAAAAGGUGAAGGUCGAGCAGCGUACUCUGACCGAGGUCCGUGGACGAGAACCAAAAGAGACACAAGUUUAGUCCUGAGUUUGAGUCCUGCAGAAAACCAGGAGUUUCACUGAGUUAUCUAACAUCUCUUACAACACGAAUGUGCUCUGACCUACAUAUGUGAUGUACAAAUUUAACCCAAACGCAGGCUUUGAAAAAGUGGUAUUAUUUCAACUAAAAGAACAAGGACUAAUUUAGAUCCAGGAACUCCCGUUAUCAGACUCAUUAAGAGUCUACAGAUCAGGACAACGACACAGAGACAGUAGUUUGGUAAAUGUCCAAAUUCAACACCUGAGAGCAUCUCCUGAUAUACAAAAAACUCCUCUAAACUGAGUUAGAACUAUGAAUAAUGCAUCAGAUUUCAUAUAGCGCUUUACUUUACAGUCACACCUUGGUGGUGGUGAACUACCUUAGUAGUCACAGCUGAGUGACUGAAACGUGGCUGCCAGUUUGUGGCAGGUGGCCUCUCCGACCACCACCACACAACACUCACAGUCAUACACCAGUGGAGGACACACACUGGGAGCAAAGUGGGUUAAGUGUCUUGCCCAAGGACACAACAAACAGACUCGGAUAGGGGGGGAUUGAACCAGCAACCCUCUAGUUACUGGAUGACCGCUCUACCUCCUGAGCUGCUGUCGCCCAUGAGUUAUAGUAAAGUAACAUCAGGUGAUGCAGACUGAUCAUGAACGGUCCAUCCUCCUCUCUACUGUGUGUAAAUGUGUAUUUGCACACAUGCACUUGUAUUGUGUAUGUAAAGUAAGGACCUGUUUUAAUGCAAAUGACUUCGCCUCAGGUCCCUAAAGAUUCCCUCUGAACAGGGACUCUGAAGAAGGUCGAUCUGCUGUCCUUGGACCGUAUUUAGACCCUUGUUCCUGCAGUGUUCAUGGGCAAAGUUCCUAAAUCUUAAUCCUGCCAUUUGAAGGUAAAAAAUUGGACUAUUUUGGUAAAAAUCUCUCAAACAAAAACAGUUGUAUGUCAAAUCUGCCCACCUGUGUGUCUCGUGGUUAAACGCCCUGAAAACUCGGCCUCUUGUGCAUGACUGAUAUUGGUUUUCUCAGUGCUAAUAGCCCAUACAUAAUAAACGCACUCUGACCGAGUUCUCCAGCCGUUUAAUAACCAAAGCCAUCAUUCAUGCCCAAUAAUCACCUCCUCUCUGCUCUUCUGCACAGUCUGUACCUCUGCAGGGACUUCUCUAAAUCACGCUUAAACACAACACUUCUCUUAAUCUCACCCUGAAUCGCUCUGCUGAGCUCGAGUGGACGAAUCUCGGGGUUGUGUGCACGAGUGUGGAGUAUACACACACACAGCGCCUCCACAUGUGUCCUUGGCUUACUUUCAGAAGCUGAGAGCUGCAGCGGUGUGUUCACUGACCCGUGUGCUCGGAGGAAAGAGUGGAAAGCUAUUGAUUUCUGUUAUUAUAGACACACCCCCACAUUCACACUCACUCACGCGCUGCUCUUUUCCUCUCACGCACACGCCUGCACAUUUGAAUAUUUCAGAAGCGUCGGUGGCAUGUUUGCACACUCAUCAACCUUCAUGAAUUAUCAAAAACCAUGAGUCAGAGGGUGGAAGACUUUGACGGGCUUGUUUCUGCUCAGCUGCUGCUGCUGCUGCUGUUUGUUUCUGAUUUAUCUCACCUCUCUGAAAACUUUCUCAAUGGUUUCCCUCGCUCUCUUUGUGUCUCUUUUUAGUGGAACCUGGUGUGUGAUUCAGCCUGGAAGGUGCACAUCGCCAAGUUUUCUCUGCUUGUGGGCUCCAUAUUCGGCUACCUGGUGAUGGGUGUCAUGGCUGACUGGUAAGCUGCCUCUGUUGUCUCUUAAUCAUGAAUGCAUAAAAAACCAUCAGAUUUUCUCUGAUCGGUGUAAAAUUAAUGAUGCAAACAGAUGAAGUUUGAUUUUGAAGGUUUUCAGAUCUCAUUUUCUUCAGAUUGGUGCGUCCAACAUUUAACUAAACUCAGGCAGCACGAUUUUGGCAAAACAUCAGGCGUCGAAGAGACGUGCAGAUCAAGUCAGUAUUGGGUCGGUCCGUCAAAGACCACAUCGAGGCGUCAGUGCGUCCAAAUUGGACCCUUUUUUAAACGUCACUCUGACGUUUAGAAUUUGGACGUCAUCUGAAGACCAACUCUAGACGACGGAAAAUGUGCAAAAUGUAUCCAAGAUUUAGACGUCAUUAUUGGACCUCUUUUAGACGUUAAAAAUGACGUCCACAUUUAUAUAUGUAACGAUGCACAGGAAAUGCACAAAAGAGUACAGAGCUUGCGUAUAAAGGUUGUUUCGGUCGGACACACACGAAGGCGCCAUAAAAGAGUUACGCUGUGUGUCACAUGAUCAUUUCCUGACAUCCACACAGAGAUGAAAUGGUCGUUGUUUUAUUUAUUCACUCUCUGACCUGUUUUCAAAAAGUACCGUUUACAGUCACCCAAAACGCUGAUACAACAAAAAAACCUAAGCGUUUCCUCCUGAAUUUGUUUCCAUGGUGACGGGUUGAUACCGCCUUCAGACAGACUUUACAGCAGGGAGUGGUUUACUCUUCAUCUGAAACUGUGAAGUCGUACCAAUUCAACACGACUGACUCGCUCUUGUCCUAUUUAACCACGAAAUUAUCGCCUUCUUUUACAAACGCCAUGUUUGUUUACACCGGUGUGUGUGGAAACUAAAUAAUCUGAUUUAAAAUCAAUUAAUCGUGCAGCCCUAAAGAGAUAAUUCAAGUAGUUUGCUUUUUAAACUAAUUGUGCCAAGAAAACUUCACAUUUAUUUCUGUUCCUCUUGUUGAAUUUGUAAAUGAAGGAAAAGUUCACCUGAAACAAAACGAGUUCUUCUCAACUAAAGUGCAAAAAUACAAAAACCUGCAGCUCCAAAUUCUUGCUGCACCAAACUUUUAACUGAUCAGAAACCUAAAUGUUUUAUUUGAUUUGAACUAAAUGUGUUGUUGUCAGACGUCACCAUCAAACUGAAGGAGCGUUCAGCAGUCAUGUUAGAUGGAGUCAGUUUUACAGGAACUAUUAAUAGCACAGACGUCAACAUCAGGCCAUCAGAGCUGAUCAGUGACGGAUAUGAAGAGGGAACAGCUGAACAUCAGGUUUGAUGCUUAAAAGCAAAAUAAUCUGAUGACUGAGGAGAGAAGAGGAAAAAAAAGAAGAUGAACUCCAUCACCGAGAGCUGAAAAUCCACAAACAUACAAGUAGUGCCUGGAUUCGUCAUGGACAUUUUCCUCUCUGGUCCAAUCAGAAGUGUCCCUCGGUGAUCAGGACCUUAAAAAGUUCCUGUCUAAUCGAUCAAGUCACACUUUUGAUAUCUCAAAUCAAACCCAGUCUAAUUGAUUUGCUGAUUUGGAUAAUAUUGUUCGAUCUAAUUGGGUGAACUGACCCUUUAAAACACACCGCUGACCGUUACAUUCGCUGCGGUCACGCCACCUGAGCAGCAGCGGCGGCGGCAGCGUGGGAAAAUAGCACCCUGCAUUGUGUUUGAGAUCUGUAACCAUGACAACAAUGUAAAGAAAUUCAUGGCCUGUGCAUGCUGCAGCUCUGACCUGACCUACUGACCCACAAACACCCCCCCUUCUCUUAGAAGACCAGGAAGUCCACAGAGUCAGGGGGGGACAUAAAGACCGUGACGACAUCUUUCAUUCGUCCGCUCAUCCAAAGCUUCACUCCUCAGUUUGACACUCUCUCUCUCUCUCUCUCUCUCUCUCUCUCUCUCUCUUUGCUUGUCUCUCUGCCUCGAAGGUUUGGUCGGCACCCGGUCUUGAUUCUGUCGGUUCUGUUCAUGCUGGUGUUUGGUCUGAGUGUUGCCUUCUCUGUAAACGUCACCAUGUUCAGCACCUUGCGCUUCUUUGAGGGUUUCUGCUUGGCGGGCCUCGCUCUCUCCCUCUACGUGCUCAGUAAGUACACGCUUCCACCUGACCUCAUACGCAUGUUUGCUUUUUGCUCCUCCUGCUGCUGCUGAUUCCCCAUUCUUGGCUUUGUUUUCUCUCCUCUGUUGUGUUGAUUUAAAACCAUUCACAAUUACUAUCACAGUUUCAAGCUAUGAACCUCCUGAUUGCCUCCAAAUUAAAGAAACGCUCAUAAUAUAAUCAGAGUUUUCAGAGCCCAUAGUUAAAAUUAAAGUGUUUUAGCGUUUUCUGUUGCAGGAUAGUGUUGAGAUAACAGACCCCCACCCUGAUGAAGAUGCCCUCACUGUUUGCAUAAUCGCAUAAGCGUGCGUGUGCAUGAAAAGUGUACAGAUGCUGGUUUUAGGGGGUUUUAAAAUGUGGUCACGCUGCUGACCUACUUUUGUGUUUCCUCACAAAACUUUUGAGUCAUAUUUUUGUCUCCAUCCCAACACAAGCAAACGUUUAUCACUCGAAAUCCCCAAAUCCCAAACUAUUUUUGGUUUUUCUGAGGUUAUUUUGGUGGAAAUGUCUCUCAGCAAAGAGCCGCAAGUCGAGCUUUUGGGUAAAACUGUUAAAGUGACUUCAUCUUUCUGAACUUUCUAUCAUGAAAUCUAAACCUGAAGAGGGAAGUUUUUGAGAUCAAAUGUCUCAAAGUCUCUUAGUUUGGACAGGAUGAGCAAAAAGUUUAAGGUUCAGCAGGUAAAAAUGAGAAUAUUUGGUGAUAUCUUACAGUCUAGAUCGAAAUGCUCCUUUGCUCACCCCUCCUAUCUGUAAAAGGAUGGUGGCCUCCGAGGACAAAAAGCUCCUGAGAUGACCCUGAUAAGUUUUGACCCCGUCAACAACUCCCUCUCUCUUCCUCAUGUCUCGUCUGUAAGCCUGAAAAACAGCCCAGAGCAGAGGUGGUCCUCAGAUCGCUAAGCUAUCGUACUUUCCCAAGAUCGCCCUCACCCUCUCCUGCAUUCCUCCGUCCCCCCUCUCUUCCUCUCUUUCAGCAGAUUAGUCCUAACAUUAAGCGUGAACCGAGGGCAGACUCGGAGCUGGGGGUUUUUGUCCCUCUCAGCGGGGGGCCUCCUGAUAAAUCUCUGAUGAACUGCUUCUAAAAACAAACAAACAAAAUGGACGCCUCUGAGCCGUCUGCCGAGAGAGGAUUUAAAGUGUGAUUUAUGCGAGGGCAAACAGAACACAGAUAGAGAUGUGAUUUGUGGUUAUUUAAAUCCUGGGAGGUUGUAAAUGUGAGAGUGGGAUGGGAUUUAUAACCGUCUUAGAUCACGGGUACAGAGAGCAGACAGAGCUGUUAACGGGAGAAUAGAUGGAGAUUAACACACUGAAUUAAACUGCUUCUACAGCAUCUUAUUAAGCAGUUUGAUGAUAAAUAUCAUAAAUUAUACAAGUAAUCAAACUCUUUUCUCUGAGUUUAUCUGAUUUUAAUUUGUUUUAUCGAGGAUAAAUCAACAUUUAGGUGAAUGACACCAGAAAAAGGUCUCUAUUUGUUUGUCUUAAUCCUGUGAUAGGUCAACAUGUUUACUCUAAAUACUUCUUUAUCUUGUUUUCAUGAUAAUCCAAGUCAUCUGUGAGGAGACUCUCUCACUUCAGCUGUACAGUAUCUUUAGUUUGUAGGUGGUAGGAUAGGGCUGGGCGAUAAACCAAAAAUUUACAGAGACCGAAAUUUACGACAAUAACCGAAGUCGAGCUUUUGGGUAAAACUGGUAAUGUGAAUAUGAAACUUCAAUGAAAAUAACUCAGUUAUUUAAAAUCCAGACCUUCAUCUUUCUGAACUUUAUAUUAGGGCUGAGUGAUAAACCGAAAAUUUACUGAUACAGAAAUUUACGACAAUAUCUGAUGUCAUUUUGUCCAUAUUGGUACAUUUUGUUUCAAAAUCAAUAAAUCAAAGUUGGUUUUGGAUGUGUGUAGGUCGGCUAUGGUCUCAUGUCCCUUUGAGAUGCUGUCCUACGUCAGAGACGGGUGAGAAGAUGGAGGACGGAGAGAAAGUUGUAGCGGCUGAAGUAGACGAAGUUAAUGUGGGAGGGGGUGAGCAGCUUGUGGAGGAGUUAUUGUCCAUUUAUCAUUAUCGAGGUGAACUGAUCAAUAUAUCGUGAUAUUGAUUUGAGGACAUAUCGCCCAGCCCUAGUAGUAGCUCAAACUUUAAGUGUUUUUGUGAUAUUUUAAUGACGUUUAACAUAAAAUGCAUCUUACCUGUUGGUUGGCUUGUCAGUGGAGCCGUCUGGGAGUGGGAAUGUGGUGUUCGAAAGCACGACGACGCUGCAGAGAGCAGGAGGACACUGGCGGCUUGACAACAGUCGGUGCGCCUAAACGAACGAAAAAACAUGCAAUUUAAAAAAGCUCCAUGACUGCACCAAAAUUAAGCCGCUGACAGCGACAGAAACGCACAUUACUGCUAAAAAGACUAUGCAUUAGUUGCAGAAUAACACUUAAACAUAGCGAAUGUCCGCAAACAAAUCAAACAGACCCGUCUGCUACCUCGAAAGAUGAGUUUAUCGAACACAAAGUGACCCGGUAAUUUAAUUAUUUGGAGGGUUGCACAUCUACUUGUUACUUGUUACGUUAAUUUGAUGUUUAAUAAAGACUAAAUCGGUUUUAUUAAGCAGCAUUUCAGGCAUAUCAGAUCAAAUUACAGGUCUUUAGUUUUCAUCUAAAGUCCACAUACUUCCCUCCAUAUUAAUCUUACUUCUACACUCUCAUGACUCCGGCGAACAGUUCCCUCGUUUGUUUAUUCCUGUCACACACAGAAACCGUCUCGCUCGCACACUUCCUGUUAUUACGGCCUGUUUGCCGAAGAAAAAUACCGGCAGUCGGAGCCCGUUUUGAUUCAUUUCUCCAGCUUGUGUGCUCAGUGUUUUGGCACUGAUGGGAUAAGUGGCGCUCUGCGUGUGUAUGUUGUGUGGUUUGUGUUUUGUGUGAACAGAUUGUGUGCCUGCACUUUGAAGUGCAACAAAAAGGUGUCGAGUGUGAGUCUGUGCGGAUGAAUACAGUCGGAGGAACAGGCGGCUCGCUGCUACACAACGACCAGCUUUGAACUGAACUCUCACGUUAUUACAGCAGAUAAUAGACGACCCAUUCAUAACAAUAAAACACCAACAUGAACGCCGAGACUCUCUCGAAGGUGCAGCUGAGAGGAAACGCACAGAUCGGACUUUCACGAUUGUACCUGCUUUCUUUGGGUUUGUGAGUAUUUUGGCAGAGGUGCCUUUUGUUGCGUCUGUAGUGGAUGCACAAUGGAUUCAAAAUGAAAAUGAAAAAAACAGUCGACCUGCAGAUUUAAUUUGUUGCGAGGAAGCUGGUGUCACUAUUUUCAAUCUGCCAAUAUUAAAAACUACGUAGAGAUCCUAAGAGACCAAGAAAGGGAACCAAGAGUGAUUUUAUUUCAUAUUUCACGGACGACGGUUUCUGCUUUUUCAGUUCAAAUCUAGGAGGUACAUCCAUUAAGCCAUCUUCUUAGACUUCAAUUAAGUGUGUGUGAGUUUGCAAAGACACUUUAUCCUCAUUUUACACACAGUCUGAGAACUUAAGUCUCACAGCUGGUCUUAUUCAUGAAAGGUGGGCAGAACAAAUUUGAGGAAAUCGGUGCAUACUCUGGUGUUCAUCGAUAUUCUAGCAGCUCUGAUCUUUUAUCAGGUUAUAACGAAAUCUUCUCCUGCUUCUGACUGACGUAGUUGUGGUGUAAAUAAGUGUUUAAUACACAUAAAUAUGAAGUCUCAGUUUUAAUUCAUAUUAUUACUUUAUUUAUGAAACACAUGAUUUAAACGUAAUUAGGGUUAUGAAUUUAAGGUGGGAUGUUUCAAACAGCUUCAUAUCGGCUCGGGGCCCAGCGUCUAUUGAAGAUGUCACACUACGGCAAGUCCACACAGACAAACUACAUUGCGCUCCAUUGAAUAAGUCAAAUGUGCUCGGUUAAAAAGCCCUCACCAUUUUCUUUAUUUCUGUUUGUUCAUUCAAUUGACCUUGAAAUUUUCUCUCCAUAUAAAACAGAGAAUUACAAAUUACUUAACUAUAAUUUUUAGAUGGUUUUAAUUGUGUAUGUUAACUUUUCCGAGGAAAAAGACAAAAAGAAGUAUGCAGGAUCUCCGUUUAUCAACAGAUAGUUUUGCUUUUAUUCCACAUUUCCUUUGGCGACCUUAAGGAGGUGGUAGUUGAGCUAUCGUUAGUCCCCUUAGAUUGCUUCGUAAAAUUCGUCCAUGUUUUCUCCAAAAGACCACUAUCCCAUGAAACCUGAUCCAGUAAAAACCACUUCCGUAAUGUCUGGACUAACCACAAUCUUCUACGUCAUCCAAACCAACUUCCCGCCAAUCGUAUUGCGUGACGUCAUCAAUAGGCACCGGCCCCGAGCCCAUCUGUUAGCCCGAACACAUCUGGUAGCUACAAUCAUAGACAUUAUAUGCGUAGACGCCUCAUUAUGUGCUGGGGCGUAAUCCAGUGUGCCCACCAUAUUGGAUGGGUCUCCCCACUCGCUCAAGAGCCAAACGGGGUCAGUGGAGAACGAGCAACAACGCCCGUGUUAUUGCUCUCUAUGGUUAAAAAAACCAACGCAGUAUUGAAACUAGAUCACGUAGGAUUACAUUUCACAAAUAGGAUUUUAAAAUAGUUUGGUUUGUUUCUGAAUGUGUGACAGUUUCCUGUAUUAUGGCGACAUCCCCGCCUUCGUAACAAACCAAACAGUGUGAAAAUCAGGCAGAGAUUCAGAGAGUUAUUAUCAAUAUGGUUGGGCAUUCCUACCUGCGCUGACAUGUGAGCUCCAAUAGUCAGCAUCAGGCUUUGAGGCGUCUACGUAUAUCAUGUCUAUGUCAACACUGGCGUUCGUUUGGAGGUCACAUCACAAUCUGUUCAAACAGAUGUGAGUGUCGCUGCUUCUCCAUGAGCGCUCUGCUGUCAUCCAUCACACACCGUGGUAGCUAGGUUAAAAUGAAGCUCACGCAGCGACUCGGACUGGUACAGAGAGCAGCAGAAGUACACCACAGAUUUACUGACGUUUCCUGAAUGAGAUCCAGUGAGAGCGCAUGAAUCAAGAGCGUUGGCUGCGCUUCAGUAACAGUUUAGUCGUAAAGUUGAAGUUCACUCUCCACUGACAUUUAUAAGACCAGGAAAUGACCGUUCUCUGCACUCCUCGAUAUUUUUCUUGCCCUGUCAGUGUUUGUCGUGUUCGUACUUCACCAGCUUGUUUCAUCUUCAGCGGACAGAAACACACCAUCCUCCUCAACGCUGUGAGAAAUCCUCAUUAUCCUGCUGUGUUACACUAAAUCCAGACAACUAAGGCGGUGUUUUUACACCUUACAGUCAUAAUGGGAGCGCUGUAACAUCAGGGUCAUUGUCACACUUCAGCUCUAAUGUGCAGAAAACUAAAAUAAUCAGCAGCCUGUCAUGAAAGGUUUAAACACAGCAGAGGCAUCAUUACUGUGGGGUCUGCUGCAGCAGGGAGCCCAUCAGACUGAACCUGCAUCCUUCCUGCAACUCUAAUGUAUCAUGGAUGAUUGCACAGUUAGUGUAUAUGUAUAUAUAUAUGUGCUGUGGUUGGACUGCAGUGUCGUGCUUCUCCCCUCACAAAAACACUCUCUCUCUCUCUCUCUCCUCUCUCUCUCUCUCUCUCUCUCUCCCUCUCUCUCUCUCUCUCUCUCUCUCUCUCUCUCUCUCUCUCUCUCUCUCUCUCUCUCUCCCUCUCUGUCUCUCUCUCCCUCCCUCCCCCUCUCUCUCUCUCUCUCUCUCUCUUCCCUCUGUCUCUUUAAAUGCAGCGCUGAAUGUCUCUGCCCCAUUCAUCCCCUCCUCCUCCUCCUCCUCCUCCUCCUCUCUCCUUCUCUCUCUCUCUCUCUCCCUCUCUCUCUCUCUCUCUCUCUCUCUCUCUCUCUCUCUCUCUCUCUCUCUCUCUCUCUCUCUCUCUCUCUCUCUCUCUCUCUCUCUCUCUCUCUCUCUCUCUCUCUCUCUCUCUCUCUCUCUCUUCCCUCUGUCUCUUUAAAUGCAGCGCUGAAUGUCUGUUUCUAAAUCCAGAGGCUCUCUGGCCUUUUCCAUUUUCCCUCCACUCUCCUCUGCCCCAUUCAUCCCCUCCUCCUCCUCCUCCUCCUCCUCCUCUUUCCUUCUCUCUCUCUCUCUGUUUUUCUCACACGACCAUUUUAUUACCCUCACUUUCUCAUUUUCUUGAGGCUCAUUUAAAAUCUCCCAUCAUUUGGUUAUCUCUCUGCAGCACGCAGCGCAUAAUAAACUCCACUGGAGAUGUCAGCAGAGGCUUUGCUUUGCUAAUUUAAACGUCUUGAUAUGUGUGUUUGCACGUGUGUGUUGUGCACAUAUUUGCGAUUCUGCACAGGCUUAUUAGUUUGUAAUGUAGUACCUCACUCGGGGCCGUCCUCCGGGAGCCGUAGAGGACCAGCUUCUCUUUCUUUCUCUGCAGCUUCCUUCUUGUUUUCUCUACAAUCGAGGAAAAUAUACAGUCAGUGACGCUGCCUCCUCCUUCGCCUAAAUCUGCUCUGAAAAUGCGAUCGUGUCGACAUAAUUCUUGUGCGGCCGUAAAAGUGCUGAAACACAAACCUUUGGAGUAGCCGGUCCGCCCCUCCUGUCGGCUCAGAUUUACUGCAGUCAAAGUUAAUGAAUUCCAAUGACAGCUCAAAGUCAUGGCAGAAAAAGGAACUUCUUAAACCUCUGAAACUGCAGCAUGAUCCACUUCUCUGCUAUUGAUCCGUGAGCUCAAUACUUCCUCAACAAAUUACGCUCAGAACUGUAUUAAACUCGGCGGUGGAGGAAUUGCGUGUUUGGAGCUGUGAAGACAUGAACUUUGACUUUACAGAAGAGGAUUUGGUGUUCGGACUGAAAAUAGCCCGCGGUUACAGGAACAAAAACAGCUCUUGUUGGUGAGAUGGUGCUGUUUGAGAAACCUUCGCUGCCCGAGGAGGAAAUCCAGUUUUAGUGUAAGAGACAUAUGAGUUUGAGGGCUUAUUAAAUAACUGCAGAAACCAGACACGGUCUUUGUAAUCCUCAAGGCUGUCAAAUUAUACCGGGACUGACCAUCUCUUAAAGGUGAAAUAUUGAUAACCUGAAGAAAAUAAGCAUGUUUAUCUGUCAAAUUUUACCCGAUUCAUCAUAUAGUUCUUUGAAAGGCCCUCUUGUAACCUCACAGAUGUAUUUAACAAGUUUUGUUGUAACCUACAAGUUCACUAACCUUGUGGUAAUUAUUCGCCGAGCUAAAAGAGGUCAAGUUUCCACCAAUCAGGGACCUGAAAGUCUAGACCGGUUUGAGUGGAGAAGGUUUUGGUUUGGAGUUCACAGCAACAGAAGCACUUUGGUGUCUUUGCAGAAGACGAGUCAGUAAGUUUACUCACACAGUUACGGCAUAAUUAGUCACUUUGACUGUCUGUUUGUACGUGUCCACUACAGUAGACGACGAGAGCGCUUUCAGGUCGUUACUGUUGGGGGAUCUCCUGGAUCAUCCAGAGUGUUGCCAGAUCUCCUCAGAGAAACGAGCAAGAACAGCGAUACCUGCUUUCAUGUCAAAGUCUCCAAACUCUAACUGAUCUCUAACUCCGUAAGUCCACGUGACACAAGCUCUUCGUACAAACCCUGGACAUUUGAAGGAUUUUAUAAACUCCCUCGGACAAGGCCGGACAGCCCCCCAUAAAAGAGGACAUGCUUGGGUAAAAGAGGACGUAUGAUCAUCCUACACUGGGCACUUUUGAAAAGAAGUGGCUCAGCGGGGACUGAAAAGUCUCUAAAUCUAGCGACAAAGUUGUUAAGUUGGCCACUCUGUUUCUCUGUCAGUCUCGGCUCUGGCGUACAUGAGCGUGAUGCGCCAUGUGUGAGUGUGUUUGGGGGCGUGUCGAGAACUUGAGCAGGUGCGAUUUAGGGAAUGGUGGUCUGGAAAGGACUAACCACUUACUGCACUCGUAUUUGUGGGGAGCUGUAAGACUUCUGAGAAAAACAACCAUGCUCAUCCAUUACGUCAUGCACCAAAACAACCGACAAACGGAGUAGUCAGUCAGAGUAGUUGAAAGUAAUUCCUCGUUAGAAUAAAACAACAACUGACUUGACUGGCCGGUGAACGUUUUAGUGAUCUUGGUCGUUUCUUAGUAGAGCUCUGAAUGUCCAAAAACUUGACCUGUGACAUCAAAAGUCAGAAACAUUCAAGACUCGAGUUUUUCCAUCAGGAACAUUUUGAACUUCAAGCUUCUGUGAACUUAAUGGCCAAAAACUACCAAAAACUCAACCUGAAACUUACGAGAUAAAACAUUCAAGUCUGGACUUGUUUUUACUGACUUUUAUUUUACUCAUAAUUCUCCUAUAACUCGUUCCAGUCAGCUUUUAUUGUUCACGCACAUAUUUGACUUGAUUUCGACAGAAAAGACCGACUCCAGAGCAGUUUUUCGGGCUGGAACGGCGCACAGCGGGGGAGCGUAUCAUGCUGCGGGAGUUUUUCCAAAAAGUUGACACAAAAGUUUUUGUAUUUUGGUUCCUGCAAAUUGUGUCAACACUUGGAUCCAUUGUGCCUGGCGUGAAUCCCAGCUGACUGGAGCUAAAAAGAGACACUUUUCAAGGCCUUCAGGGAGUUUGCUGUUGAUACUCAAAAGACAGAUUUUCAGAGAAUGAAGUUUGCGUGGACCCUGAGGGAUGAAGCUGCAGACAGCGGUAGUUUUACACCAAGGAGACGAGGUUAAUAUGGAUACAUUUCCUACUCUGUUUCUGUUCCGCUGAGACUCUGUGAUAAAGAACGAAAGCAGCCAAUAUGAGUGUUUGAGUGUGUGUGUGUGUGUGUGUGUGUGUUUAUGAGACGAGGGGAUGACUCCUGCUGACUCAGCUGGAGGAAAAGUACUGCCCUGUCACGCUGUGCCCUUGUCAAGCGCUGUAUCUGUUUUCCUCCCCCGCCUCUUUAUGGAGUCAUCCACCUAAAGCGGUCCGAACCUCAGAGGUAUUCAGUUUACAGUAUCGGACAGGGAGAGGCAGAAAGUCCUCACAGAGCCGCAGCAGUAAUGUACGGCAGUUUAUCAACGUUAGCUGAAAACUGUCCGUCCAAACGCAGAAGGAAACAAGAAAAAACAGAAGGAUGAUUCGCAGAAACACGAAGCUCUGACCGUCCUUUUCUCCGAUAAGCUCGACUGACUGACUCUGAGCGUCCGCGGGUUUCUCUGGUGCUGAUUUACUGUGAUGGUACAGUAGUACAAUUAACACCUCAGUUGGACCCAAACUAGCUUUGGCAUCCACAGUUUUCACGCUGGGUUUGAAGUUGAACAGGAUAAAUGUGUGAAGGGAGGUUUGGUAAGAAGAAGGGAAGUGAGCAACAGGAAGUCAUCAUGUUUUAUGACCUUAACAGGGUCCAAGAGAAACCUAAUCUGCAGACGCAUGUCAGGUCCAUUGAUUGAACAAAGAACCAAGUUACUCUUACUCUAGAUGGGGGUUUAUAUCUCCAUCCAAAGGAGGCAGGAAUCAAACUUCCUCUGAGGUCUGCUUUUACACACAUGUCGGCAUGUUUUUAAUGAUUUUUGGCCUUUUAUUCCCAUAAAACAGUUUCAAGUCAAUGAAAAUAGAUGCUUUUUAUAACUUUGUUCUCGUGCACGGCAAAAACAAAAGUUAUGCAAGACGUCAUCCAUGCGCACACAGCAAUUGUUGUUUAUAAGUAUUGCACAUGCACCAAGUUGGCGAGCUAAUGACAUACGGCUGCUCUGUAUUCAGUUCAGUACAUUUACAAACAGAGUGAAGUCGAUUGAACUGGAAACAAGGAAAAAAUCUAAUAACUGACAGAAACAUGUUCGCCUCCACUACAGCAGGUGGCGACAUGCCCCACUGGAUCAUCUCUUAUCGAUCUAUUGGGUAUCAAAGUUAUCUACAAAAUGCGUCAGUAACAGGCUUACAGGAUGUAUGUUGCACGACAAAAGCAUCAUCGCUUUUACAGUUCUGUGUCUUUUUUUAUGUCCUUUCUUUGUCUGUUGAGGUUUGUUUACUUCCUGUUUUCCUAGCGAUGAUAUUUAACUUCCACCUCAAAGCCCGAUGUGUAAACUCUGGAGCAAGCGCAGAACAUUUAGGCCACAGAAAAUCUAACCCCUGUUGCAUUAUCCUGACUAUUAGGAGUUCAAAUGAUUUCAGUUGGACCAAUACUAGGAUGACCAUAUUCUGAAUCCCAAAAAGAGGAAACUACUAGUGCGGAGUGGCACACAAAAUUCUGAGGGUUUUCGGGUUGGGUCGAGUGUUUUUUACACACUUCUAACUCAGGUAGUCCACGCUACACAAACUUAAAACUUCAAAACAAAACCUCCGACAUUUGAAGGUUUUUAUAAACUCCCCCGGACAAGACCAGACAGCCCUCAAAAAGAGGACAUGUCGGGGUUAAAGACCACGUAUGGUCACCCUAGCUUAAAACGAGAAUGGCAGUCCAGUCGAAUGGACUAAUCUUAACUGUUUGUGUUAAUGUUCUGAAUUAACUACUUCUCCUGAGCAGACACUGCAGAGCUGACCUGAGACUAGAAACUUUAAAGUUGUCUCUACGCUCCGUCAGAAACUUUCCAUGACUUGGACAAACUUGUGACUCGAUGCUGAAAAGGUUAUGUGUAAAAAAUCACCAAAACUAAAUCUAAACCCAGUGUGUGUGUGUGUGUGUGUGUGUGUGUGUGUGUUUGGAAACAAGCGUUUCAUUGUUCUAUCGGAGUAUCAUGAGAGGACGCUCGGCCUGACUGGAAACCUCUUUGAGGUGGUGAGAUAUCUGCAGAGGGGUGUGAGUCAGGGCCUGAACUUCUCCCUGUGGAUCUUUUAUUUCCUUCUUCUCAAUGAUUAGUCAUCAUCAGUUUGACUGUCGGUGUGAGACGGUGAACAUCAACAGUGACUGUGAACAUAUGAGCCGUUAUUCCUGUGUGUAAAUUUAUCUCCUUUCAUUAUCAGUUACUUCAAAAAAACUGUUGAUUUCUGAAAAUGCUGCAAAACUUCCUCCAAUCAAAUUAGCUGUGAGACUUUGACUAUAAUGCAGAUCAAACAGUCAUGUAAAAUUGGUGUAAGUUGAUUUUUCUGCAGGUCUCAUUGUUCCUGCGUGACGUUUUGUCCUCUCUGAAAACCUGGAUCUGUCACAUGGACCACCAGCUGCAGCCUCCCUGCACACGCCGCAUGUCCAGACUGUAGUUCUGGCUCUGAACUCACGCUGUUAGAGAUACGAUCGUCUCUGCACUCUGCUCUCACGCCUCAGGCAAGGUUAGCAGGGGAGCAGCAGACAACAGAGCGAGUGUGUGGUGGUGGUGUCAGCCGUUUGUCAUCAAAGAUUACUCUGGUCAUCAGAUCAGCGGCGUUUUGUGGCUUUCUCUUUGUCUCCUCGUCCCUUUCUUCCAUUAUAGUUUUUGUUUUCUACUCUGCAACUGUCUUCAGCUUUCAGCUGUAAAGACGGCAGAGGACCAGGAGGAGGAGGAGGGUGGGGGAUGGUGGCUUUACAAAGGGUGAGGGAGCCACUUCAGCCCUGAUGAGCAGGGAGGGAAGAGUGGGCAGGAGGGGCGGAGGGGGGAUCAGCCCACAGGGGGGCAGUGAGAUAAUCAGCACAAGGAGAGCCAUUCUCCCACUCAGCUGGAACAAAAGGUCCCUGCCAGUGUGUGUGUGUGUGUGUGUGUGUGUGUGUGUGUGUGUGUGUGUGUGUGUGUGUGCGUGUGUGAGUGUGUGUGUCUGUGUGUGUGUCAUCCCAGUAGAGUCAGUGGGAUCAGAAACCUCCCAGGAGAGUUGGGGAGUGGUUUUUGUUUUUGUGAGGCAGCUUUAGAGAAGCAUUACCAAAGCCAAGGUACAGUUGAUUUAUAAAGAGUGUACGGGUGUGUGUGUGUGUGUGUGUGUGUGUGUCUGACUGUGUCUAAUCCAUGCCUAUUGACUGCUGCAGUGUAAAUGGGUACCAAGGAAACUGUGCAGAUUGCCAGAUCAGACCCACAGGGAGGCAGCAGCAGUGGAAAUGAACUAAAAACAGUAAAUAAAGCUCCUUAUACUGAGAUCUACUGCACUUGAAUAACAAGUUAUCUUUGGCAUUUACUCUGAUUCAGUUACAACAGUCAGUCAUUCAAUAAUAUAGACAUUAAUGUUAGAAACAGGCUCUCUAUGUCACAUGAACACUCAAUCAAAAUCAAAAGAGAUGGAUGAUUUUUGAUGAAACAUGUUUUUAAGAAGGUUUUAGUAUAACUCUACCUCCUGCUCUAGAUCUUCUCCUGCUGAGAAACCAAACAGACGGUUUAACUUUUCAUAAACUGAAUACAAGUCGAGCUGAUGGUCAAACUGAGAGGAUAAUAUGAGGCACAUGAAGCUGGAGGUGAAAACGAGCCCGUGGACACGCAGAGUUCCUCUAUCAACAUUUCAGUUUUUUUAUCCACUUUCUUUUUUAUUCUGCACUAAAACAGUUCAGCUAAAAGAUCUCUACAACUUUUAAUACACUCAAGUGUUAAAAUAUGAUAAUCGAUUAUAUCCAAUAAAGGUUCUUUUCUCCACUCAUGACUCAAAAGCACUUCUGUUUAGUUGGAUUCAGCAGGAUAUGUGAUAAAAACAGACGCACUGACACCGUCUGUACGCUCUCGAGCUUUUUUAGAUUUAGGAUGAAUUUGUGGAGACGGUGCAGAACUCAAGUCCAAGACUAAUUCGUAUCAUGUCGUAUCGUUCCAGAUAAGAAUCUAGCCAAGGCCGUCCGACCGUCACGUGUGUGAAUCUGUCGCCCUGCAGGUGUCAGGUCAAGGAAAAAGAAGAAGCCGUGUGCAUGUGGAACAUUAAAUCUGUGCAGGUUUCUUGCAGAGGAAUUGGUGAUUUGCAUGCAUAGAUAAUAAAUCCAUAUAGGGUAUGACUUCUUAUAGAUCUGUAACUUGUGCACAGAGAUUUGUGCAUGCACCGAUUUCAAAUCUGCACCAACACGACAUCUAUUCUUUUAGUGGUACAUCUAUUGUCCGUCAACAUGAGACUCCCAGUCCUCAUCUAUCUCCCAUCUCAAACCCUCACAGACUCAUGCCCUGCACACCUGAACCUAUUAGAGUCCGUAAAGGUCCAGUGCUCAGGCUUUAGAGAGGACACUGGGGUCAGGCAGCGGUGCCAGAUUCUGAUUCUUCCUCCAUCUUGGAUUUCUAGUAACUAUCACACCAUUACGCUGUGAUUUCUCAGUUCCUGCCUGUUUGACGGGGAACCAACAGAUAUAUGACAGAUAUGAAUGUGCAAGUAACUUUGAGACGGGUUCAUCUGCCGUGUUGUCAGAUUGUGACCAAAACAGAGCUCUGUCUCACUGUUGUGUUUCUGCUGUUAGUCCGCUCAAAGUCUCGAUACGCUCUUCAGAGAGAAAGGCAGACAGGCAGGUUGAGGAUUACAGGUCAGCGCAAUUUCCUUUAUCUGUCUUGGUUCCUGCAGGGAAGGUUUUAGGAGACAUUAAGUGUAAAAGUGUCCGUCUGCUGCUGCAGAGAUGGAGGGAUUUCCACUAAUACCUUCAUUUUGUCUUUCUCAGCCGUGUGUGUACAAACCGAAUCACUCUUAUCUUUGUCAUCCCUCUCUCUCUCUCUCUCUCUCUUUCUUUCUUUGCGUUCCCUCCGCCUUUCUCGGCCUCCUUCAGUAUCUCUCCUGCGCUGAUACCACGACUGAAUGGAGGGGCUAUUUUUUGUCCUCUAAGGGGGAAAGUAAUUUGUAUUCUGCCCAUCUCCUCUUACUUUCCCCCCUCUCUCUCUCCUGAUACCACAUGAGGCCAGGUUUGUGAGUCUCCCCCUCCCUCCCUCCCUCCCUCUCCUGCUCCCUCCUCAUCCCCCAACAAUGGUCACCUUCAAAAAGACCUUGCCAUAUGGGCCAGGCCAUCUGGACUGUACCACGUUUCAGGCUGUAGGGGAGGAAGCAGGAGCCCAGAAACUCUCGUCCGUCUCAAAAGCCUCGACAUGCGGUCCGACCUAACUUCAUAAAGACGUGUGUUGGUGUUAAACUCGCUGAUCUCAGGGGGACGAUCAGUAAUAGAGGCCUCAAUCAUUCAGAGAGGGAACUGGACCACUAAACAAACACACACAUCAUUAGGGCGGCUGUAAAGUGUAUGAUGGUAAUCACAUCCACAGACGUGUCCACACACACACCGACAUCCAGCUGAUGCAUAAUUCACUCCGAUCCAUUUGUGAUGCUGCUCUAACUCUCGCUCUCCUCUCUCUCUUCUCUGCGUCUUUAUUCAGGGAUCGAGCUUUGUUUGCCGGGCUGGCGUUUCUCCAUGACCAUGGUGGCCAGUUUUCUGACGGUGGGCGGGCAGCUUCUGAUGCCAGGGGUGGCCGCCUUGUGCCGUAAUUGGCCCGAGCGGGAUGACUGGCAGGUCCUGCAGAUCGUCAUCAUCAGCCCUUUCGUUCUGAUGCUUCCUUACGUCUGGUGAGUCCCACCCUCGCAGGAAUUCCACAGUGGGGGGAGUUUUGGAGAGGGGGCAGAGUCUUCCCGCGCUGAGCCAGGCGAUGGCUUGUACUGUACGCACUGAACUCCACAGCUGAGCCUCCACUUACAAACAAUAGAGCCUUUCUUCUUUUGUUCGUCUUUCCCCUCUUCUGUCUGUUUUCUUCUUGUUUUGACAAAUCUUUUUACAAUCUUUCUUUGUCUUCUCUCCACACAUCCUUCCCUUCUUCUCCUUUCUCUCUCGCUCCCUGCAGGAUUUUUCCCGAGUCGUUGCGCUGGUUGCUGGCCACCCAGCACUACAGGAGAUCGAAAGCCAUGAUGCUGCGCAUCGCCAGGAGGAACCAGGUUGACAUGACAACAGAGCCGAGUGGAGUCCUCGCAGGUGACCAUUUUAGGAGGGACAUUAAACGUCUGAAAUCUCGAAAAUGCUCCUCCUUUCAGAAUUAAAUCCUCUUACCUGAUUUGUUCAAUUAAUCUCACUCGCCCUCCAUAUAUGAGCGUCAAACACAGUGACUAGGGACCGAUCAAUUUAUUAGCGAGCCAAUUACACCAGCCAAUUUUAGCCCGUUUAAGACUCAUCAGUAAUAGGCCACAACUUCUCUCUUCUGUCGAUUUUCGCAGAUAUUUUCAGAAAUAAAAUACAAAGAAUAAGAUUCGGUUUCACUUCGAAAGCGUUCCGCCAUUUGAAAAGUUCCCCAACUUAUCCAGUAGAUGGCGCAGCGACCUCAUGACAAUCUUCAUCCACUAAGUACCUCACAGCACAGCAGAGUGACGGAUCUGAAGCAGGCAGGAGAGCGGUCCGCCUCAACGGGAAAUAAACCAGUUUGAGAAAUACACAAUAAGUCAACAAGUUUCAGUUUUGGUCUCGGUCAGUUAACGGUGAAGCACCAUGGGAUAUGAAGCUAAAGUUAGAGUUAGCCACCUGCUAUUAGCUUUGCUACACUGUUAGCCGUGGCAGUAACGGUAGAAUAAACAACAGUACACAUUAGAGAUCGAGAUACUUCUCUGACUGAGGCAGCUGCAUGUCUGCGACUGAGACCGGACCGGCGUAGUUCAAAACGCUUUUCUGGUCCGAGUUUGAUCAGUUGGUCUUCCUUUUGGCAUGAAGAGCAGUAGCCUACAGUAUAUCUACUGUAUAUAGUACACUGUAGAUAUCUACAGCAUAUAUAUAUUUUUUUUAUAACUUCAUUAAAAAAAUUAAAAAUCGGCCGAUUAAUCGGUAACCUGAUUUUUUCCCCCCUUCAUAAUCGGUAUCGGCAUCGCCCCCAAAAAAUCCAUAUCGGUCGGGCCUAGUAGUGACCUUUAUGCUGAUGCAAAUGCCACCCUGAAGUAAAGCUGUAACCUGAAACAAACAUCAGGACAUCAUAAAUACAGAGGAUAGUUCUCACUGUUUUUAAAAGCCACGUAAACUUCAGCUCUCUCUGCAAAAACAAGUCGAUCAAAUCCUCCGAUAGAAAGUGUUUUGAUAAGAAAAGACUGAAGUGUAAUAAAAAUAUCUGAGAUUUGCUCUUGGCAGAACACUCUGUCUCUGUUUUAUCAGCGCUGAUGUUCUCUGCCUCCCUGAAAACUCUCCUGCUCUGAAGAACAGCAGGAGUGUUGUAGGGGGGGCUGCCGGUGUGCAACAGUGUGCAAUAAUGUGCAACUUCUCCCUAAGAUCUGAUUGGCUUCUGCGGUCAUGUGACACAGGUGAAGUUCUCCACGCCACAUGAAGACUUUUUAAUCCUGUACGACACCUGACAGACGUGAUUCUGUGGAGGUGAAUAAAACAGCAGAUGCUGCGACAGAGCGCAGGUGUGACACGACCUGGGAUGAGAAUCUGCUCCAUCUGCUUCUCGCCAUAUGAUGAAAUGAACAUGCAAUGAUCAUGAAGGCGCUAAUUCACACGCCAAGAGUCAAAGAGUUUGUUUUUUAACUCUCUCCACAUGAUGACAUUCAAUUGCAAUCAGCUAAACGUCAGCCUUCAGUGUUCGGUUUUUACUUUUAUGGUUUAGCUGUAGGGCUGCCAAAAAAAAACUCGAUUUUUGACUUUUUAUUCAGUGACAACUUCACCAAACUUCACUUUAAAAAUAAGUUUUUCUAUCAGCUCUCAAAACGAAACCACUGAAAACGAUGUAGUGCAUAUGCCAAGUCAGUGAGUGGCGCUGUAACGCUGCCGAGUAAGUGCAAAAAAGACAGAAGAAGAGUACAGAGCAUGUGUAUAAAGGUUGUUUUGGUCGGACACGUGCAGGCGUCAUCUUAGAGUUACGCUGUGUGUCACACCGCUUCGAUAGAUGCAGCCGUUUCCAUGUAGAUAAAACGCCGAUACGACAAAAAACUUUUGAAUUCGUUUCCGUGUGGACGGGUUGAAAUCGCCUUCAGACAGACUAUGCAGCAUCAUAACAUCAUCAUAAUCAAAUAAUACAAUUAUGAUUUAAAAUCAAUGUAUCGUGCAGCCCUAAUCCUAACAGAGCCAAAGCAUCAUAAAGCAAAAUAUCAUGUUUCCCUUUGCUUGUUUACCCGAUAAAGAGGUUAGAUUAAAAUAAAAGAUGAAAAUUAACACCUUGAGGAGGUUUAAUCUGAUUUAUCUUGGCAAUAAUGAUUAAAACAGUUAAAAAGUUGAUCUUUUACCGUCAGUCUUUAUUUACGUGACAGUCUCCUUUCAUCUGUGAUUGAUUCGUUGAGUCCCUGCCAGCGGCCGAACAGACGGAUAAAUGAUGAGACCGGACAAAGGGAUGUCCUCCGUCUAUUUUUAGGCGCCAUGGUACAUUAUCUUGUCAGAGCUAAAAGGUCCUUGAGCGGCCGGUCUCUCAUUACCUCCUGAAAGGAAAGGUCCGAAGGUCUGUGCUCUUCGUGUUUCCUCGCAGAGCUGGAGCAGGAGCUGCACAAGAAACCCCAGAGGACCUGCAUCGUGAAGAUGAUGAGCACCAGGAACCUGUGGAAGAACAUCGUGGUGCUGUGCGUCAACUCGUAAGUGUGUCACCACGGUUGUUGAUGGGCUCGUAAAGAUCAUUAGGUAAUCAAAGCUGAGAUUGUGUAAAGAGAGCAUGAAUAAGACAUGAGGCGUCCCCAGAGAGGUAUAAAGAUGAGUAUGUGAGUGUAAAGAUGAGACACACACACACACACACACACACACACACAGGUACAACCUCCCUCAUUACUCUCCUCGUUGCAGGCUGACCGGUUAUGGGAUCCACCACUGCUUCGCCCGCAGUAUGAUGGACCCCGAGGCCCAGCCCACCGCUAUGUGCCACGCUGAUUACUACACCAUGGCUGGCAUCGCCGUGGCGACCUGCCUGGCUCUUUGCCCCGCUGUGGGGUUGAUGGGUCGGCGUGGAGGACUGCUCACCUUCAUGAUCAUAACAGCUUUGGCGUCGCUGCUUCAGCUGGGACUCCUCAACUGUGAGUAACCAAAGCUUUGGACACCUCUCUGGAGUUCAACCUCGAAGUAAAAAUAAUAAUUACUUUUAUUUAUAAUAAUAUUAAUAAUAAUAACUAUUAUUAUUAUUAUUAAACUUUAAGUAAUAAAAAGUGUAAUGAUUUACUAUUACUUAUUAUAAUAAUUUUAAUUAUUAUUAAACCUUUAAGCAAUAAUAACAAUUUACUUUUAUUUAUUAUUAUAAUUUUUUAAAUGUUAUUAUUUAACAUUAAAGUAAUAAUAAAAAUAAUUAACUAUUUUUUGUUAUUAUUAUUACUAUUAUUAUUGAAACUUUAAGUAAAAAGUGUCAGAAACUCAGAAUCGAGAUUAAAUGAGUCUGGAUUUUGACCGUUUUUUUCUACCUCGCUAUAAGGCAUCUUUGUGCCACGCAACUGUGCUUUUAUUUUGAAGGACUGUUUCUGCCAGAUUUUAAGUAACCCCGAGAGGCACAGGCUCGAAUGUUGUUUCUGGAUUUACAAUAAAUCUCAAACUGCAGUUUCAAAACUACCAAAUCAUCUCUCAGAGGGCUGCUGCGGCCAACUCGCUAGCAGUCAGCUGCUUCUUCUUCCUCAAUUCAGUUUUACAACUGAAGUAGACAAAUGUGGGAGGGGGUGAGCAGCUUGUAGAGUAGUUAUCGUACAUUUAUCGUUAUCGAGGUGAACUGAUCAAUAUAUCGUGAUAUUGAUUUGGGGCCAUAUCGCCCAGCCCUAAAACAUACACAUGAAUGCUGUGAAUUAAGUCCACUUGCAUCCGAAGCAUUUCAACAACUUACAUAUUUGAGGUAUUUCGUAAUCAAAUCACCUUCAGUAGAUCGUUUUCAGUCCUUUUCAGAUGUGCACAGAGUUCCUGAAAAUGUCCUGAAAUUACCCCGUCAUUGAGUUUAUCACCUUGACUUUACCUGCAGUAUUUCCUGUUAGCCCUCUCGUAUCGUUCUGUGGUACAGUGCAUGUAAGAAUGCAGCAGCAAAUCUUCCAGAUGAUUCCAUGAGCAGCAGGAGUUUACUGACAUUACUGUAAAGCUUACCUUAUGUAACACUGUCACUUUUAUUAGCGAGCAGAGCUUCAUUACAAAUGUAGGUAUCAAGACAGUUCGCCAAGCAUGCCAGCGUUCGCAUCUCUGAGCUAAAAAAAGACACCGUGUCUGACAUUACUGUUGUGCUCUUGCAGAUUUGCAGCAAAAUCACAUUAUUUGUUAUUAAAAGGCGAGAAAACCCCAAAAUCCGCUUAUGUAACCUGCAUAUUAAGUCUCUGAUCUGACAGACCUGCUGUGCAGAGAUUUGACUGAACAAAUACUUAAGAUGAAACGUUCGUCAGAAGGUUAUGAAAUUCUCGUCCGAGCGUUACGAAAGAGAAGGUUGAAACUCGGCGGUGAAUUGAGUCGCAUUUGCACAUUUCCCAUGCCAUCUCCGGUUCAUUAAAACGGCACAGUCUGCAAGUCUCAGUCUGACAGCAGCUUCCCCCGUUCUCCCUCUUUUGACCUACAUAUGCAGCACAGAAGUCAUUAUUUCAGGCUUCAGUGAUAAACGGCUCUGAGUUCUCCUCAAGGCUGUUUCUCAUUCAGCCUGUCUUGAGUCAGCACUGUGCCACCCUUUGUGCUUACUAAUGACAUGUUCUCCUCUUUAUGCUCCCCUGCUCGCUGAUGGGAUCCAGUGAUUGGGAAGUACAGCCUUCGUCAUGACACAGGUACAGAUUCUUAAAUGGUUUUAAAUUAUAUGUUGUGUGAUUUUUGAGACGUUUUCUAGUUUGCCCUUGGCUUUUUGUUAAAUUAGCUGUUUGUGCUUUGUGGUGGGGGUUUCUGGUCCACUAACCUCCUCUCCUCCUCUCUUCCUCCUCCUCCUCUGCUCAGUCCUGCGGGACACUCUGAACAGGAAAUUCUCAGUGGCUUUCUCCAUCAUCGGCAUGUUCUCGUCUCAUGCAGUGAGCCAGCUCAGCAUCUUCUUUUGUGCUGAAAUCACUCCUACUGUCAUCAGGUGAGCCUGGAUGGUCAUAAACACACAGAACAACACUUAGGGGAGCUGUCACCCGUUUUAUUACGCUCACACAUGCAGCUGCUGAUGAAGCACACAGAGGCAAAAUCAACAACGACAUGAUUGUGUGCAGAAAAAGAUACUACAGUCCAUGUUGUGGGGUAUUACAGCUGUUGGUCUCAUGUUACUUUGGCACCCCCUUGUGGUGAAGUUUUGACUGUCAUAUAACUGUGAACCUAAUCCCUGCAGAGGUCACAGUUUGCUUUGAAAGUCUGUUUUUACGACAAGCUUUGACUGAAGGUGUUAAAAAGGACAGUCUGCUGUUUGGGUGAUGUUGGAUUGAUUGACUCUUCACUGUCAGACUCUCUGUCUUUAGAGGUGUUCACACAAUAAUGUCGCUGACAGAAGAGUUUACACCUGCUCGAUCACUCAGCACAAUGGACAUGUUUUAAAAGUUCUCAGGUUUUAAAAGUUCGAGACGCAGCUGCCCGAUUCUGAAAUAAAAGAGGUGUACUAUUUCAGUAUCUCGAUUUACUUCUCUUUAAAACGUGCUUUAGCAGGGUUUCAGAAAUCAAUUUUAAGAGUUUUUAUGACCUUUUAAGAGAAGAAAAAUUGUCACUUUUCUUCUAAAUUAGCAAGAUAAUUAUCUCAAAAUUGUGAAAAAUUUUCUGCAGGUUACAAAUCGCUCUGUUUUUCUAAAAAAGAUAUUUUUCUUAAAAGAUAUAUCCUUUUUUAAUUGAUUGAUCAAAGUUUAUUUUUGAACAUGUAAAAAAUAAAAUGAAAAAUAAAAAAGUAAAGAAUACAAUAACAAGUGAUAAAAAGUUAUCCAUGUUUAAAAACGAGUGGGAAGAAGUCGAGACUGAUCUAGUCCCACUCCUUCUCCUACACUAAUGAUUUACAUGUAUAUCAUAAUAUUAUAUAAUAACUUUAAUCAUCAUAAUAAUUAAAGCAAUAAAAAUAAUGAAAAAAUAAUAAUAAUAAUAAUAAAACAAUAAAAAAAUCAGGUUUUCCGACUUUACAAGAAAAUUAUCUCAGAAUUAAGAGAAAAAUUCUGGAUAAAAAUUGUUUGUCCUGUUUUCUUGGGCAAAAAAAAAAAUAUUUCUAAGAAAUUUUUCGUCAUAAUUCUGAGAAAAUAAACUCAUUAAUUAAGAAAAGCAGCAUAAUUAUUUUUCUUGAGUGGAUGCAAUAGGCUUCUGUGUUUUUUCAAUACCCCCCAAACGAUUAAUUAGUUGAGUUUAUGCAUAUAAAUAAAUGGCAAUUAACACAGGUGUGGCAUAUUUUUACCCACAGUUUGAAAACUUGUUUGCUUAUUUAACCUAAUGAUCUUUUUUUCCACUACCAAACAACCUUCAUAUUUUUUCAUCUCUGAAGCCAAAUAUUCUUUCCUUUGUAUAAAAGGUGCCAUAAAUGCUUUUAAUUGUCAUUUAAACAAACAAAUCCACAAAAAGAUUCAUUUAAAUAUUACAUAAAGAUAACUAGAUGGUGAUGAUCUACUCAUGUCUGAGUCUAAAGUUUAAGCUCCCUCAAAGGGGGAAAAAAAGACACUUUUUAAAACCACGUAUCGUUUAAAAAAUCGAAUUUAAGACUUUUAAGGAUCAGUGUGAACUCACUCAGGAGCUCUUACCUUCUCUUACCUCUUUAGGGGAGGAGGUCUGGGUCUGGUGCUGGCCAGCGCUGGCUUCGGCAUGCUCACUGCACCCAUCAUGGAGCUCCACAACCAGAAGGGCUACUUCCUGCACCAUGUGAUCUUCGCCUGCUGCACGCUGCUGUGCAUCAUCUGCCUGCUGCUGCUGCCCGAGCCGCGGGGACAGCCUCUGCCCGAGAGCCUGGCCGACGGGGAGACCUUCACCCGGCAGACCCUGCUGCAUCCAGGAGAGCAGCACCUCCUUCUCGCCAAGACUGACGGGGACUACUCCCGAGUCCACGACACACCGUUACACCUCUCAGCCACUGGGGGCGCCACAGUGGCAGCAGCCACCGCUCUGGCAGCGGUACCUGCUUCGUACGCCCUCGCCACCGGAGGGGAGAUAAUUGGAAAUCGUGCCAUAGCCAAUGGGGUGUGAGCAUCUUAGCAAUAGUCUACUACUGUGCUGUUAAUUGCUCAAGUGUUAACAUGACUGACUGGUUUUUGAACUUUUGGGGGAAAAAAAACCUUUAAAGGGAAAAUGUUCGGAUGAACCAAAUGAACUCUUUGAUGGUGACGGAAAUAAAUCUGUGUAGUUUUUAGUGACUAUGAUCCAUUCAGGAGUUGCCAAAAAAUAUUGUACUGGACUUUGUCGAAGUCUGAAGUCGGUGUGCGUUCAGUAAAACGAAAGUGUUGGGUGGUGGUGAUUGUCCUGCGCUGCAGUCCGCUCUGUCGAGAAUGAUUCACAGGAAAAGAGAAAGUGGAGAUGCAAAGAGGAGCAGCUCUGAGCUGACCUUCGCUCUGUGAGUUUUCUGUCCGUAGUUUUGACUCGUUGAGGGAGGAUUUCACCGCAUCUUAUAACUCUUUCUAAGUUAUUUUGCACUAAAUGUCAGAGACACAAUCAAAGUGUUUGUGAUUUUCAGCCAACACAUUGGAGAUGCAGGGAUUGGCUAAACCACUACCACUCUCUCUUUUUUUUUGCAUGAAAGGGCACAAACAGUUUUACAUGUUUUUUCUCGUCAGUUGUGGUCCCUCUUUACUAGAAGUCCAAUGUGGCACUUUAUCCUCAGAGGAGAGGACUCUGAUUUUUAAAGGGAGCAUCACUGCUGUUGGCGCGGGUGUAUGAUGGUUGGUCUGAUGUGGAGGAACAGCCGGAGACCUUGGCAGAUAAAUGUGUAGCCUAUACAGACUGUGAGAGUAAAUCUGAGAGUCGAACGGACAUUAGAGUGUACCGCUGUAUGUCUUAUGACGCGUCUCAGCAUUUUCAAGGCUUUAUCACGAUGGCUCUGUUCUUUUAACAAACAGAGAAUGUAAUUUAAGAAAACCAGUAUUUAUUUUGUCAUGCUGCCAAGGGCAAUUUUGUUGCUUGAAAUACCUCCUUAAUUAGCCAAUAUUUCCACUCCAACUUCUCACUCCUCGUCCUCUGUACUGUGGUAAUGUCGUAAAUCCUUCUCCUAGGAUGUGUUAACUCUAGCCAGAAAGCACAAUAUUUUACAGUUUUUUGAAAUAAACGUUUGUGAAGAUUAGCGUAGAGCAGCGUCGUCUGCGUAGCCCUGGCCUAGUCGUGGUUAGUGUACAUUUAUACACUUUACUAAGUAUCCUUUAGGACUGCAAAAAAUAUGUAAGGUGCGUAUACAUGUGCCAUUCAUUCAUAACGUAUGGAGUAUACUUUUAUAGGGUGUAAGCACAUUGAAUAGAUAAACCAUCCCAUGAACCCCGAUCCACCGAUUCAGACGUCCUCCAUGUUUAGUCCACUCAGCACGUAUCUCAAACUCACUGUAUGGUUUGCUAGUUUGUACGUUUUCAACAGUUAAUCACUGAGAGACAAAAAAAGAAAGAAAAACUCAACCACUAAUGCUGUUUUCUAAGUGUUAUUUUUUUAAUAUGAUGCAUUUGUACAAAAAGCCAUAGGCCUACAUGUUUUGAUAAUAAACCACUUAAUUUAUUAUGUCAAUAAAACAACACUUGAUGUGA